CCGCACCUUUUUCGGCCUGUACCCUAAUUCACUAAGCGAGCCUACCAAAAUUAAAUCUUCAAAUCUUCUCUUUCGCAUUCUUCUCACUACAAUUCUAACGACAAACGACAUCCAGGUAGCAACUCAACAACACAGUUGCCCAUCAUGUCGCUCGUCUCAGGAGAGAAGACGAACUUCCAGUUCAUCUUGCGUCUCCUAAACACGAACGUCGAUGGCAAGGAGAAGGUUAUGUACGCCAUGACCCGAAUCAAGGGUGUUGGUCGACGAUACUCCAACUUGGUCUGCAAGAAGGCCGAUGUCGACCUCAACAAGCGCGCUGGUGAACUUACCUCCGAAGAGCUUGAGCGUAUCGUCACUAUCCUCCAGAACCCUACCCAGUACAAGAUCCCCGCAUGGUUCCUCAACCGACAGCGCGAUAUCGCCGAUGGCAAGAGCUACCAGGUCCUAGCAAACGGUGUUGACUCCAAGCUACGUGACGACCUUGAGCGCCUAAAGAAGAUUCGUGCUCACCGUGGUCUCCGACAUUACUGGGGUCUACGUGUUCGUGGCCAGCACACCAAGACGACUGGUCGUCGCGGCCGGACCGUCGGUGUCUCCAAGAAGAAGGGUGGUUAAAAAAUUUACUGGUGGAGGCAUGGUUUCAUUGGUUCAGAACAUUCAUUGCGGAUGGACAGGCGUGAAGGCUGGACUGAAAUUACUGCAUCGACGUUUACUGAAUUACAUUGCACUUGGGGAUUUUUCGGACUCGGCAAGUCAUAGGUGUACUCUAAAUAGCAAAGAGACAUCGUUGUGACCAACA